AUGUCAUUCCUGUCGUGCUGGUGGGAGACCACCAAGGCCUUAUUCUUCCCCACCUCAUCCAAGCAGGAGGCCCAGCAAGAGCCCACCUCACCAGAGGCCUCCAACUGGAAAAGCCCCACAGACAGCUGCGGAGAGACGAGCAGACCCUCACUUGUCAGCCCACAUAUCCAGAGGCUGCUGGAGAUCCUUCAUCAGCAAGAGGAUAGAACUAAAGAUUCAGAAAGAGAGAGGAAAAUAUGGGUCAUUUUCAAAACAAAGGAGCUCAGACUACCCCCUGAGCUCUUUAGGGAUGAUAUGGACAUCACUGAGUGGGCAGCAGGAUGCUACAACCCCUCCAUCCUUUGGGAACAUAAAGACAAAGCAGAGCUGCUGCCCGGUCCUCAGCAGUUCUUAUACCUCGGGGUCUUGAGGGACCACUUUGAGUGCACACACAGCCAGCUCUUCUGGGGUCUCCCCUCUCUGCACAGCGAGGCAUUGGUGGCUACUGCUUUUGUCCCUUGGAGCUCUUCUCAACUACAGGCUCCCCCGUUUUAUUCUAUGGAAUCUCUAGUGGCUUUCCACAACCCACGCCACCGAGACUAUCUGAAGGUUUUUCCCAGGACUCCUUCUUGCCCUGCUCUGAGGCCCAACCCCAGCCUUUGAUCAAAACUUGCCUUAGUCCCAGGCCCUCUUCCUGGCUCAGACCCAUGCCUAGCACUUCCUCCCACUGUCUCUCUCCUGUUCAGACCACCUUCUGCUCCACCCCAGCUGGGGACCCUUGGGCUAUAUUGCCCAACAUUCCAGAAGAAGGCACUCUAUUUCACCCCAGCUGAAACGCAACCUCUGGCAUGCUCCUGGCUGCAGAAGCAACAGCUUCAAAAGAGGCUCACUGAAAAUCAAAAAGAGAGGGGCCUGUCUCUCGGGAUCCCACUGUCUCUGGAACUGAAUCCAUUUCAGUGCCCACUGGUAGACAUGCAUGCAGCACAGGGCCGACAAGGACCCAGGCAGCCCUCUAGUCUCACAGGCAGUAGUGGCCUGGACCCAUAUAAGACAAGGUCCAGGAGCACUACCAGAUCCCAGAGGAGAUGCCAAAUGACCAUCCAACUAGGCAAGGAGUUCAUCAAGGCUCUAGAGCCAUGUCUCAGUAGGGUCUCAAAAGAUCUCUCCAGGACCAGCCUCCCAGACACGUUUCUGGAAAUGAACUCUGACAUGGUGGCAGAAAGAUCCUUGCAGAGGGACUCUGCAAAGUGUUUCCCCAGGGUUCCAGAUAGAAGACAUCUAGAAAGAACCUUGAAAGUCCAUCUGAGCAAAAAGGUGCAGCAGAUUCAUAAGGGUUUGAUCCCUGUGACUGUACGGCGAUCCUGGCUUGCUUCCAACCAGUCUCUUCCUAAGUCCCACAGUCACAAGGAAAUCCGAAAUCCAGCAUCCUUGAAGUAUUGGAAGCCCUGUGUAAACACCUCCAGGCAGCUUUCCUUUCUUAGUCCUGGCAUUCGACAGAUGCUGGAAGUACAUAUUAUGAGGCUGAGGGUAAGGUACAGGUGGGGCUUUCCUACCCAGGCUUUUGAACCCAUAUAUCUCAAGCCAAGUGGGGCUCAGCCCUCACCCCUUCCAAGGUGUACCUUUUCCCCCUCAGUCACCCAGCAACCCAGGGAACACUCCAAAGCCAACGUUUCCAAGGUCUUGGGAAAACCUCAGCCCCAUCAGGGAGAGAACGUGCUAACAAGAGUGUCCGUUCCCACCCUGCUGAGUCCCCUGCCUGCCCCCUCACCUGCAGCUAGGCAAGUCCACGGCGCCCUGGGCAGGCCUCUACCUGGAGUCAGCCACGAGCCCUCAGAGGCCCCUCUGACUGGGCAGGAGAGAAGGACGCCUCCUCCCAAGCCCCCACGCAAACACAGGGGCGGAAUCCUGCCGGUGGGGAAUUUCUCAGGGCCCAGUCCAACUUCACCAAUGACCAGGAGGAAAUCCAGGGAAAGGUGUCUGGCUCAGACCUACAAAGACCUCUGCCAUAGUGCCUCGGUACUGGAGAUGGACUUAACGUCCCCAUCUUCAAUGGCCAAACAGGCCAUGGAGGCAGUGGAGGCCAUGGAGACUGGGGAGGACCCUGCUGGGGAAGUUAUCUUGGGACCCAGUGUGCUGGCCAACUCUCAAACCUCGGAGGCAGAUCUGAGAAAAUCCGGGUUUCCAGCCACUAGCACAAGCCUAUCACCGCUGACAAAGCCAAUGACCCAAGACCCAAAGGAGCCUUGA